AUGCAGCUGCGAAACUGGACUGUGAAGUGCAAGACGACUGUACCGUGCUAUCCAGCAGAGAAAGCCAACUGUAAGUGUAGGCAAAUAAGCAUUGCACAUGGUUUAAAAAUCUGCAAACAUCGUUUCCCGGUCAUUACACCAACCAUGGCAUUCCGAAGAGAUAAGGACGGUCUUGUGCAAGCUAGCGUGUCUACGAUGGUAACGUCCGAGAUAGUGCUCAUUCUCGACAACGAAUAUGAGACGAAUAUAUUGGUGUCAAAUGCCGUACUCAGCGGCUGUUACAACUGGCGGCGAAGGGAGCGCAGGCGCGUAUCAUCUGGCACGGCAUCCCGGUUAGCACAAGCGGAAAUUGUAUGCAGCGAUGCGAGUUUUGUCGUUCCCUGCAACGUAGACGGUGUGGAAUCGUUAUUACGAUUUAGCUUUACAAAGGCCCGCAUAAAUAGCCGAUGUUCUGUUUCAUGCGGACCCGUCCUGUCCACAUUCGAAAUAGGCGGAAUCCUAAAAUUUACGCAUUCUGUAGAAGGAAUGAUAAGCUCAUGGAUCGAAGGCCGAACAAACAGCUUUCAAGACAUCGAGUUCCCCGACGUUUUCCAUAUUGCCAACGUUUUCACUCAGUGGUAUAAGACCCUACUUCUGGCAACAGGUGCACUAGCACUGGCAAUCAUAGUUACAUACAUCUCCAUAUGGACAUGGGGACCCAAAAUUCUAUUAGGAGUACUACGAUUAAUCGCGGCAACGGUCCGACUGUUUUUUCGUACCUGUCUUCGCGUUCUCCUUGUCCUGUCAAAGUCCUUUCGCACGAUGCACGAAAAGAUGGCAGAACGAGACGUGGAUAGUGACAUCGCGUAUCUUUCCAAUCUGAUGCUCCAUCGUCAUACCGCCCUGACUCGCGUACAUGAAGACUUGAACGUGAUCGAGGAAGCAUUUCAUCGAGAGAUCAGUGUCGCCUCAAUGAUCCAGCUACAGUGGAGCUAUAUCGUUACGGAUCAGACUUUCAUUCUCGGAACACCUGGAGAUAGAAUACGAACACUGGCGAAGCAAAUGAAAGACCUCAUUCUCACACGAGAACGAUUUUCGCGUAUGGCCACCCGUUACAUCUACACGAAUCGCUACUAUAAGGAACUCGCAGUAUCAUGGAAGAUUACCAUGAACCAAAAAGAAUGGGAUAGUAAGGCAGAAGGGAUACUGCUCCAGCUAGACAAAAACGCAACGGCAGAAAAGGAUUUCAACGCAGGCCCCUGUCAUACGAAUGCACAACACAUCAACCAACUUUUCCGUAAAGCAUUCGAUAAUCUGAAAUCCACAGAAAGGGGUGACACAGAAAAACGAUUCGAAGAGCUCCAGAAGAAAAUAACGGAGCAAGCAGCGGAAAUAUCGCGUUUGAAGGAACGGAUUCAACAACCCAAUCCAGAAACGGGGCCGUGCGCACCAGAGGGAGAGAUGACAGAUGACGCGUAUUGGUCUCGUAUGGUUGAAGAGAUCCACGAUAUCCAGGAGGACAAUCAACCACAAACUCCUCCACCACUAGCCUCCGACGGGGAUGACGAUGACGAGCAAAUGGAGGACCAGCCAAUUCCUGAAGCUGAUAAUGACAAGAGAACAGCCGAGGAACCACUGGUGAUAACUCCAGCCAACACUGGUGUUCGCGUAGUUCAACUCGUCCUACCAGAAACCGACGAUCGCGUACCCGAAAGAGUACCUCGGGAAGCCGCAGAAACCAUUGAUAUUCGCGUACCUGCACAAGAACUUCCAGAGGUCCCGGAGGAUCGUAGAGAUCGCGUUGUUGAAGACGUCCCGUUGAAGAAGUCACGCGGCAGCGAAGAUCAUGAAGACAGAGAAGCUCACGAUCGCGUGUCAUCUCCUGAAACAGAUCCUCGUCCACAGUCCACGGACACAUCGGCAGACAGUGACCCCCUAGGAGAACAUGCGAUGCUGUACCGAAGACGAAACGCUGAUGAGCUGAGAAGACUCAUCGAAGAAGUGCAAAAAGACAUAGAGAAAAUGGAAUCUAUACAGGAGUUACGGGAUCUGCUCGGAGAGUUAGCAGCGGUAACGAUGGAAAGACAACGUGAAAUUGAGAGGAGACAUCACGACAGAUCGCGUAGCGAGCGUAGAAGGCAGAAUGACGACAGAUCGCGUAGCGCGGGCAGGAGACAGGAUGACGACAGAUCGCGUAGCGAGCGUAGAAGGCAGAAUGACGACAGAUCGCGUAGCGCGGGCAGAAGACAGGAUGACGACAGAUCGCGUAGCGCGGAUGAACGCCAGGAUCACGACAGCCGGAGGGAGGAGACACCGAAGAAUAUCGAGAGAGGACCGACUGGUGCUGGUGGAUUCAAGAGUGGCUGGAAGAAGGAUAAUUAG